CGAUCUCAGAUGCUAGAAUGGCAAAAAAAAAAAAAAAAAAAAACUAGUCUUUAAUUGAUCUCUGAGGACAUGUGGGGUUUCAAAGAUGGUCCUUAAAAUUCUUGCAAGGUCCAAACUACCCCUUCGUGAGGACAACAAAAACGCUUCUUUUUGGCUGAAAAGUAAAAAAUAAACAUUUAGAGCUAACUUUUCCAAUUAGUAUGAACCAUAUACUUCAACCUCAGUGGCCCAAACCUGACCGAGUCAAAGUAAAUUGUAUAGUUCAUCAAUCACUGUGACCAGAAUUUCGAAGAAAUUCCACAUUCUCUUUACUACAACUAUAUAUAUCAUGGUGUAUGAAGAAAUUACUCAAAAUUCUUUAAUACUUUAGAGAUAAAAUUAGUCUUCAAGCAUGGCAGAUUUCUUAGUGAUUUUGAGGUUAUAUGUUGUGCUUCAUGUGCUUCUUCAUGCACAUGCCUGUUGGGAAGAAGAAAAAAUUGCUCUUUUGAAACUCAAAGAUGCAUUCAACUACCCAAAUGGGACUGAUCUUUCUUCUUGGGGUGGCGAAGAAAGAGAUUGUUGUAAGUGGGAAAGGGUUGGUUGCAGUGAAUUGACGAAGCAUGUGAUAAAACUUUCACUCAAUAAUACAAGACAAUCUGAGUUGCAGCUCAACAACAAUAGUUUCUUCCCGGAAUCCUCUUUAUUUCAUCCCUUUGAGGAGCUGCAUGAGUUAAGAUUGGAUGAUAACUACAUUGAAGGCUUUAAUGGAGUGUUGAGGUUAAAAAAAUUACAAAUGUUGGAUCUGAGUUCCAACUGGCUCACAGAAAUUCCAUCCCUCCGUGGCAUGAUGUCUUUGAAGUUUUUGAACUUUAGAUCCAAUGAUCUGGAAAAUUGGUCCUCAUUCCAAGGUAACGAAUCCUUCUCCCUGGGGAAAAUUGAUAGAGUUGUAUCAUUACACUUAAUGACUUGUUUGUUCACAGAGUUGACAACUUUGAGGGGCCUGGAGAUGCUUGACUUGGGUUUUAAUUUGAUUGCUGGUGAGAUGCCUCCAUCUCUUGGGGCCAUGACAUCUUUAAAGAGCUUAUCAUUUAGUGGCAAUCAAUUAAAUGGCUCUUUCCCGGAGGAAGGUUUAUGUAAUUUGAAAAACCUCCAAGAGUUGGAUAUUAGCCGAAACAGCUUCAAAGGAUCUAUUCCUCCAUGUAUCAGCAAUUUAACAUCCCUCCGUCUCCUCAAACUUUCUGAAAAUAACCUUUUGGGAACCAUUCCUUCUGAUCUCCUUAGACUCAAUUCCCUCGAAUACCUUUCCCUUUCUUUGAACCUUUUUGAAGGGUCCAUCUCAUUGAGUUUAUUUGCUAACAACUCCAAUCUUGAGGUUCUUGAACUUGAUAGCAACAACGAGUUGCAUGUAGACACAGAAAAUACAUCCUGGAAACCUCUAUUUCAGCUGAAAGUCCUACGACUAUCAAACUGCAAUCUCAAUGAGCAAAGUAGAUCUAUUCCGAGCUUUCUUUUGACCCAGCAUGAUUUAAGAGUUGUUGACCUCAGUUACAAUUCCAUGGUUGGAAAGCUUCCCACUUGGUUACUGAAAAACAACACAAGAUUGGAGUUCCUUAGUCUUGCACAGAACUCAUUCACGAGUCAAUUUGUGUUACCUGCUGAUUCUAAAGAUCUUGAUUUGCUUUGGCUUGAUGUGUCUAAGAAUGAUAUUCAGGGCCCCUUUCCUGCGUCUAUUGGCCAAAUAUUCCCAAAUUUACUGUAUUUGAACAUGUCUGCAAACUCAUUUCAAGGUAAUAUUCCUAAUUCAAUUGGAAACAUGAGUGAGUUAAGGUCACUGGAUCUGUCGAGCAACAAUUUCACUGGAGAAUUACCUGAACGCUUGGUUAUGGGCUGUAACCAAUUGUUUACACUGAAGCUUUCACAUAAUAAUCUGCAGGGCCAGUUAUUUCCCAAAAAAUGGAACCUCACAUCGCUCGGGUUGUUGUAUUUAGAUAAUAAUCUCUUUUCCGGACAGUUGUUACCUGGAUUUGUUACAAGCUCCUACUUGAAAGUGUUGAAUCUAAGCGAUAACUCGAUCUCAGGAAAACUACCUGAUUGGAUAGGGGACUUUUCUUCCCUUUCGUUCCUUGCUGUGUCCAAGAACUUGUUCAAAGGUCCUAUACCCGUGGGCUUUUGCAGACUUGUUAAACUGAUAGUAUUAGACCUUUCAUGGAAUAGUCUUUCUGAUAAAAUACCUCCUUGUUUCAAUUUAUCAUCACUAAGUUAUUUAAGCCUUCACAAAAAUGAACUGUCAGGACCUUUGCCAGGAGCUCUUUAUAGAUCAUCUUCCCUUGUGACACUGGAUAUUGGGGAUAAUAAACUAUCAGGGGAAAUUCCAAAGUGGAUCAACCUACUCCCAAAUUUGAGGUUUCUUUUAUUAAAUAGAAACAAUUUUGUAGGUUCCAUUCCUUUUCAGCUAUGUCAGCUCCAUAACAUCAGCAUACUGGAUCUUUCUUUCAAUAGCAUUUCUGGUUUAAUACCUUCAUGUUUGAAUGAUAUACCAUUUGGUUAUAGAAAAGCACAUGAUCAAACAUUUAAAAAUAUGGUAUUUGAUUGGGACAUUGUUAGAUGGGACAUUGCUAGAUACUUGAAGUACGAAUAUCAAAGCAUACUUGUUAUAGCCCAAUAUGUUACAGAUCCAGUUCUCUCAUCAUAUGUGGUAGAAAUAGAAUUCAUCUCAAAGAGUAGGCCUAAUUCAUACAAAGGAAGCAUCUUGGAUUUCAUGUCGGGGAUCGAUUUUUCUAGGAAUAGAUUGACAGGUCCAAUUCCUUCUGAACGUGGGUUCCUAAGUGAUAUUCAUACUUUAAAUUUAUCACAUAAUCAACUGAAUGGAUCCAUUCCAAGGACAUUUUCCAACAUGAAGCAGAUAGAAAGCUUGGACUUAUCCAACAACAAGUUGAGUGGUGGAAUUCCCCCGGAUUUGGUUCAGUUAAACUUUCUAUCAACGUUCUCAGUGGCAAACAACAAUUUAUCAGGACGUGCACCAGAUAGGAAGGCUCAGUUUGCAACAUUUGAUGCUAGCAGCUAUGAAGGCAAUCCUUUUCUUUGUGGAUUACCUCUCCAGGAAAAUUGCGGAAGGAGCACAGGCGCAGUAUUAGUUCCGAAUCCAGGAGAUCCGGGAGAAACUGAUGAUCUAUUCAAAGAUUCAUUUUUGGAUACUUUUGUUCCAUCAUGCGUUGUGGCAUUCCUGGGAGUUUCUGCUUUUAUCUACUUCAACUCCACUUGCAGAAUGGUUUUUCAGUUUAUUGAAGCAAAACUCUUAUCUUCCAGAUAGAUUUGCCUAGUUAUUCAUCGUACCUGAUGAAAUAAGUGACCUGAGUGUGUGCAAGAUUAUAGUAAGAAAAACAUACUACCUUUUAUGAGAUACUUUUGAAAUUUCAACAGUAUCUUCAGGGGCCUAUUUGUUUACUUCUAUGGAUGCAUGUGUGAAAAUGUUAUAAAGCUACCUUUCAAUCUUUCAUAAUAUCUAUAAUUAAAAGGUGAGAAUCUGCAUUGUAGAACAAUGACAAGCAACAAGAGCUGUAAGUAUACUGUUUAAUUUUUAUACCUUCCUUUUCUAGUUAUGAUUGUAAGAAUCUACAUGAUUUCCUGUUCAAAUUAAUCUGCUAUCAAGAAAGCAACCUGAAUCAACUUUCAUGGCAUUUAAACGUGUAGAUUUUGCUAUCAUAAACUUGUGUAGUAGUAGGGAUUGAUCCUUCUGUUCAUGAAAUGUUUUCUUUUUCGGACCAAGUUCAGCAGAAAAACAUUUAUUCAGUUGAAGCUAUCAGAUUCUUGUCAUUGGUGUGUCCAAACCAAUCUUAGUGCCUGAAUCUGAAUGUCCUUAAGUAAAGGAGCUAAAGUUAGCUGAAUCUUAGUGAAGACAGUUAACAUUCCUGGGUAAAAAUUAACAAGUAGAGAUAAUCUGGAUAUGGCCUGUAUUCUUGAAGGAUUUGAUAAGAGUGUGGGAACAUUUUUGGAGGAUUAAGCAACAUAGCUUCCACCGUAUUAUCCUGUUUCUUCAGUGCCCAUGCAUACGUCGUUGAAGUUCUUACAAUGGUAUGUCCAUUGUUUAUAUCACAUUGCUUUUACCUACAUCGUUCACAGCGUGCAAAAUAUUUUUCUUGCGUGGUUUUAGCGUUUCCUCAUAUUGUGCACAAAACGGGAUAUUUUUUUGUUAUACUUACCAGGUGUGCUUUCUCAUAGUGGUGCUUGCAACUGAUUUGAUUUAUAUAUGCAUAUGUUAAUGAGUGAAGGAAUAUAUGAAUUCAUUUUUCAUCAAUAUUACAAAUUUUGUUUCCAGAUGUUUGUCCAGCACUUUGAGUUGCUUUUGAAAGCUUGCCUGCCCCAUCACGUCUCUUACCGUCCAUACAGUGAGAUAACAACUCAUGCUUGCUUAUCUGUGAGUCUUCGUUCGAAUUGAUAAAUUGCAUUUCUAGUUUCUAUGAUGGAUUUUGUUGAAUCUUUAACCAGCUUUCAUUUUGCAGACUAACAUAUUUCUCCAUUUUUUUGCCUAGUUGUCAUUUUUCGUUCUUUAUGUUUAUCAACUUCUUGUCAAAUCCGAUAUUGUAUUUUGUACUUGGGAACAAAUAAUCUUUCUUCGAUGUAUAACAUGUAGUUUUUGAGGGUGAUAAUUUUUUGUCUACAAGAACCCACCCAAAUUGUUCUCUUGAAAAGCGUUUCCUUGGAAGAGCAUACUUAGAAGAACAAAUAUAUUUGUCCAAAAUAAGGUAUAUAGAUUUUGUUUCUUCAGUGCCAUAUAAAUCCAGCUGAAGAUGUUAUAAUGGUUCCUAGCUUUUUCCAAUAUUGCUUUUAUCUCACCCACAGCUUGCAGAAACUGUUCUCUUGUGUGGUUUUAGCAUUUUCUUAACAUUUCACAGGGCGGAAUUCUUUGGUUAUAUUUACCAGUUGAUUGUUUGGGAGUGAGGCGUAGUUAUUAUUUCUGUAUUUACCAGUUGAUUUGCGACUUAUACAAAAGAUUGGCUUCUCUAGAUGCUAGUAGCAUUGACUAAUGGACAGUUUGAUCUUUCAAUAGUAAGGUCAAACUAUCCACUGAUUUGAUUUAUGUGUUCAUUUUUCAUAAUGUUGCAAAAAUAGUUUCAGAUGCUUGUCUAGCAUUUUGAGUUGUUUUUGAACGAUUUACUGCUCAAUCAUGUCUCUUAUUGUUUAUAUAAGGAGAUAACAACUCAUGCUCGUUGUUGUUGUUGUUAGCCAUUGGAGCUUCGGCGAACAAGCUUCGGCCACUAACCACGCUGCCGCAAACACACCGAAAAUCGUCAGAUCUGGCCGGAAACGCCGCCAUAAGGGCUGUCGUUGUUGUUAUGAAAUUUUCGGCAAAUCAGGCUGGAACUAGUGGUCGGUGUUGUUGUAUUCACGAAUACGGCGAUUGUAUUCAUUUUUUUGAGUUUUUUUUGUUAAUUUUUUAGAUUGUAUUCAUAUUUUUUAGGGUGUAUUUGUUAUUUUUUGGUGUAUCUAUGUUUUUAUAUAUUCAGCUUUACUCGAUGUAUUCAUGAAUACAGCGAGCCCGUUUAUGAAUACAGAUAGUC